AUGCCUCGAAUAACCCGUGGAAGGAUUACUUGGGUGGGAGGCUGUGAGGGAGGCUCGCUGGGAGGGCGACGGAGGCAGGAGUGCAGGCGGGCGAUGCACCGGUCGCAGGAGUCAAGUACACGGUCGGGCAGCGCCGCACCGCCCGCGGCGACAUGCGCUCAGCUCUCGGUCAAUAGCCGCUAUCGAAUAUCAUCUUGUUGCACAAUAAUAAGCUUUUAUUACAAAGAUCAAUCAAUAUCA